AUCAAUGAUAGCGACAUGACGUCUGAACAUGAAUGAAAACCGCAGUCCUCACAGGAUAAUCCCAAGACAAGGAAAAUUACGCGCCAUCAACUUAUAAGUCAUUCCAACUUAUCUGUUAUUCAUCUCAAAUUCCCAUUAUAUGUGAAUCAUUGUCAUGUCCGAGUCGGAACAAGAAGCUAUCGCUGGUCUCCGGUGGAACGAUAGUAUAUCUGUGGCGCUCUUUACCGUGAUGUCCUAUGAGUACCUGCUUCUUUUGGACAAGGAGAUUAAGUAUGUCUGGAAAAGACCGUGGUCAGUGAUGUCAUGCCUAUAUCUUGUUGUUCGAUAUCUUGGUCUUUCCCUUGCAAUAAUUUGGGGCUGCUGGGGAGGAAUGUUUUAUAUACCUGAAUCACCGUACGUUUCACUAAAUUUGUUUCAAAGCCAAGUCCCAACUGUUAUUAACCUCUCUCAUUCAGCUGCAAGUAUAAUUCACGCUUCAAACUAAACUGCGAUUCCCUCAUCACGUAAUAGGCUACGACAUUCUUGUUAUACUAGAAUGGGGCACGUCUGUAUAUUUUUGCUUUGCGGAAGGUAAGUCAUGCUAUCGGCAACUCAUUGUGCGCACCGAUUUUUCAUCCGCAGCCAUUCUCAUCUGGCGCCUUUACGCACUAUGC